UUCAGGUGUUUUAUAUUUGGUUGUACGCUCUCUUUAAUGUGCAGUAUCAUUAGCUGUUGUCAUGGAGACUGCCGGUCAGUAGCUACGCAGGUACUCACUUGCACAGGCAGCUGCUUUUAUAGAGCAGGUACUGCUCUCCAUCACCUCCCAUUCGUCAUUGGCUAAGGACAGCAGAAUCCAGUUGUCCUAACUGCUGAAGAUGCAUAGCAAUAAGAGAGAAAUUGUAAUUAAGAUGGAGGAUGUUGGAGUGAAAAUGAAUGGACUUCUGCAUGAGGAACAGGAAGAGAGCACAAGAGGAAAUGGCACGAGGAGCUUGAGAGACCCCAGAUCCUUCCCCACAUGGAACAGGAGCGGCACAGCUGACCAACGGCCUUUGGCUUGCAACAGCCAGAGGGCAGCCAUUCGGGGCGAGAGUGAGGAAGACGAGGAGGUGGAUCUAAGGGCGAGAAAAACCGCUAAAAGGACGUCUGCUAGGCUCUGCGUCGACGGAGAGGAGAAUGAGGAAGCCUGGAAGGAGAAACAGAAGAAUGGGACCGUCAUCAGGAAGGGAGAUCCCAAAGAAUGUGAGAAGGGACGUUCCAAGCGCAAAACCAGUGAUGUAGGAUAUGAAGAUGAUCAUAAAAGUCAGAUAAUGAACUACAGAACCUCCACCUCCUCGAGUGAAGAGUCAGAUGAGGAGUCGGUGGCAGAAAUGGAGGCGGCGAGACUGAAGGAAGAGUUGGAGGAGAAGAAAAAGUUCAUCGCCAGCUUGAAGAGCAGGCCGUGGCGCAUGAACAGGAAGCUGAAGUGCUUGAAAGAUGCUCAGCAGUUUGUGGAGAAAUUUGAGGGAUAUUUGGGAAAGGGCAAAGGUCAAACACUAUAUAUCCUCAAAGUAACGAUGUCAAAGAAAUGGAAUAAAUUUAAUAGAGCUUUUAAAAAUAUAAUGACUGCUUUUAUCCCUUGGGAAAAGAGAAUAAAAGAAGUGGAAAGUCAUUUCGGCGCUUCAGUCGGCUCCUACUUUAUAUUUCUGAGGUGGCUAUAUGGGAUGAAUCUGAUGCUUUUUGUUUUAGUGUUUGGACUGGUCGUGCUGCCUGAGGUUCUGUUGGGUGCCCCAUAUGGGACAAUUCCGAGGAAAAUCGUGCCCAAUUCAGAGAAAGAUAAAGCAAUGGAUGUGGCCAUUCUGCUGGAGUUUGAAGGUUAUUUCAAGUAUUCUCCUCUGUUUUAUGGAUAUUACAAUAACCAGAGGACAGUUGGCUUUUUGCACUACAGGCUACCUCUGGCUUACUUUCUGGUUGGAAUUGGAACAUUUGUUUACAGCCUAAUUGCUGUGGUUAGAAGCAUAGCCACGGGCUCCAGUGUUGCAAGUGAAGAAGCAGAGGAAAGAGAGUUUGCAUUUUCUUGGAUCCUGUUCACUAGCUGGGAUUUCCUUAUAGGCAACUCUGAAGCGGCUGACAGCAAGUUUGCUGCAAUCAUCACAAACAUUAAGGAAUCCAUUGUGGAUGAAGAGGAUAAAAAACGUUGUGAAAACGUGCAUGCAAGAAGGUGUCUUCGCGUUUUGGCCAACCUCAUCACUUUUUUGUGUCUUUGCGGGAGUGGCUAUCUUAUUUACUAUGUUGUGAAGAGAUCAGUCGUAUUUGCUGCCAUGGACAAGGAUAAAGUAACAUGGAUGGAGAAAAAUGAGCUUGAGUUGGUGGUUUCGCUGCUUGGAGUUGCAGUUCCUCCCCUUUUUGAAGGCAUCUCUGAAAUGGAGGAGUUUCAUCCCCGUGUUGCCCUGAAGUGGCAGUUAUGGCGAAUACUUGCACUCUUUAUUGCAAACUUAUACAGCCUUACUUUUGCCCUGUACGAUGAAGUGCCCUUAAAGUUUGAAAAGGAGAAUGCCAUUAAAAAUGCCACAAUGUGGGCAAUGAAGGAGAACUAUGGCAACGGCACAAUGCUGAGUAACAGCAGCGCCGUCGCCCAGCCUGCCCUCCACCCCGCUGACGUCAUGCAGGGACCGUGCUGGGAGACCGGCAUCGGGAUUGAAUUCAUGAAACUGACAGUUUCUAACAUCGAGCUGGCCUAUCUGACCAUCUUAUUUAGUGAUUUUCUCCGAGCCUUGCUUGUUCGCUACCUGAACUAUUGCUGGUGCUGGGACCUUGAAGCAGGAUUUCCAUCGUAUGGAGAGUUCGACAUUAGUGGGAAUGUUCUGACAAUUCUCUUCAGUCAAGCGGUGAUUUGGGUAGGAACCUUCUUUUCUCCUGGCCUUUUAGGUGUCAAUAUGAUUCGCCUCGUGACAUCCAUGUACAUUCAGAGUUGGGCAGUGAUGUGUUGCAACAUACCUCAUUCAAAGCCCUUCAGAAUCUCCAGUCAUUUCUACAAAGUCCUCUUGUUCAUCAUGCUCUGUGCAAGCAUAAUCCCUGUGCUCUAUGCAAUCAUGGUUUUUCCACCCUCAUUCGACUGUGGCCCCUUCAGUGAGAAACAGAAAAUGUAUGACAUCAUCACUGAGACAAUAGAAAAGGACUUCUCUGCAUUUUGGGUUACAUUCUUCAGUUACGCGCUCAACCCUGGAGUGGUCGUCCUGGUUGUGAUACUGAUGGUGUUGGUUAUAUACUAUCUGAAGAUAGUUUCUAAAUCAUAUCAAAAAACAAAUGCUGAUCUUAGGAAGAAGCUGCGUAUGAGAAGAGAGGAAGAAAAGAACCAGAUGAACAAUAAAGACAGCAGUAAUCACAUCAUGAAGGAUUUAGAGGAACUACUGCCCAAAAAGACAGUUAUCCAGCUGUCUACCAAAGAUAGCACUGAAGGCAAGAGAGAGAUGGGUGAGUCUCUGAAGUUGUCUCCAAAGAAUGGGACUAUGGCCAAUGGAGCAGACGGAAGAUUCCGGAAUGCUGUUACACGGCCCCCCGGGCCCCGAAUGGUGGGCCAUCUCCCUGGAAUGCCUCGACUACAGAUUGUAUCGCCUGGGAGUGCAAGAGGGAGGGGCCAGGUUAUCAGGUGGUAGUGGUUCCCCCUCAUGCACUACAAACAUACCAAUCAAAUAUCCAAAUACACUCACACAACUAUACACACCAAGUGUGCACUUUAAACAGAAUGCCCUAAGUUAAUUUUUGAAUUGUUUCAAUAAAAUUUCUAAUAUUAGAAAAAAUAUUUCUAAUAAUAUUAGAAGUUAAACUGACGCUGCUUUAUGAAGUCAGUUAUACGCUACCAACUAUCCACUAUCUACAAAGAAAUGAACAAAUCUACAAAUAUGUCUAAAAAAGAAAACAAAGUGUAACGUAAAUUAUGAGCAUGCCAAAUUAAAAUGGCCCUUUUUGGGAAUUCUCCAUAAAGAAUAAUUCAUGUGAUUGGAAAUGCAUGUAAAAUUCAUGACCACUAUGCAAACCGUUAGUAAUGCAUUCUUCGGGGUUCAUUCUAGUGUCACUCGUCAUGUAAAUGUACAUAGUGUGCAUUUUUAAAUAGAAAACUAUGUCAUACACCUACUAUAUACAAUUGUUAGCAUGCCUUUUGCAAGUUUACAAACAGAUUCAACCAUUGAACCAACCAUAAGUAUUCUAUCUCUCCUACUCACACACAUACAGUACAGACAUAUAUGACUGGAGUCAUUGCCACAUGUCGUAUUUUUGCUGCGAAAAUAAUCCAUUUUUGACCUUGCAAAAUAUGCCCUCUGAAGCACAUCUAUGCAAUAUUAAUUAUAAGAGAAUUAUAGAGUACAGCAAAUAGUGUUCUUUUUAUAUACUUCUUAUAUAGUUGAUGAAAAAUAUUUCAGUUUUAUUGAACGUACAUGUAAAGUCCAUGACUUUCUCUUAAUAUGAAAAUUAAAGGAAACAAGACGUAUGUUACCUGCAUAUGAGCAAGAGCCUUGUUUAAUAAUAUAUUUCACUUUGAAAAGAUUAUGGGUGUGGUUAUCACUGUUGAUAUUUUUGUCGUGUAUAUAUGUUAAUAUGUAAAUUGAAAUUUAAAAUAUCAAAACUGUACAAAUUGAUGUGUGACAUACUCUGAUUGAUACUGUGUGACAGUUUGCCUUCCAGUUGAUGCUGGAAAUAGCGGCACUGAAGAUUCCUUUAAUGUGAUAGAGGUUGAAUUCUGAUUUGGAAAAUUCUU